CGCAGUUGAUUUCGGUGGCUGUGUCAGUUUAUUUGUUGCCCUGGAAGUGUUGACGGACAUGCUGACGUUUGCUCCGCGCGGUAAUUCCACCUCUGCACCCCCUCCACAAUGGAAUGCCUCCAGAGAUACGUCGGCAAACAAGCGGCCCACCGAAUUUGGACAAGGCCUCAACCCAAGAGAAAAUGCCUCAGUCUGUGUACACCGUUCAUCCCCCAAGUUCGAUAUACAACGCAUUCCUCGUCAACACCAGGACGCUUUUGCCCCUAUCAAACGCUUGAUGUUCCCAAAACUGCCACACUUGCGCAAAUCAAAAAAGCUUACUAUAAGCGAGUAUUCGACCUGCAUCCCGAUCGACAAGUUGCUUCACAUCUAGGAAGUAGUUCACAUAACCGUAAAAAGGAGCCGCGGAGAGCAGAUCCUGUCGAAAAGGAACAAUUCCUUCGUGUAGUCAAAGCCUAUGAGAUUUUGAGUGAUAAAAAGAGGCGAAAUGAGUGGGAUUCGACAGGCUCGUUUACAUCGGAGCAUGUAACGGGGACAUCGUCUAGGCCGAGAAGCGGAUUCGGGCCAGGAACUGAUUUCGAUCCAUAUGGCGGCUACCGUUGGCAAUCACCGCGUGGAUGGCAAUCAACGGACGAUGAUUACUUUACAUACUAUUACGCUAAUGUUGCAUCCAAUACCGGCCCCCGGUACAUGUCAAAUGGUCGGAUGGCUUCCAUCAUUGUACUUGUCGCUGUUUUGUCAGGUGUGAUUGUGUUCCUGCAUGUGAAACGUAUGCGACGAUAUUUGCGGGAACAUAUGGAUGCCAAGGAUGCGGCAUUGCAGCAAUUCUAUGAUGCUAGAGUCCAAAAAGCGCGAGAAAACGGAUUCGAUAAGCAGAUCGAGGGCUUGAAGGGACGUGCAGCUGCCAUUGAACUGGCAGAAGAAAAAGAGGGACGGACUACUCUACCGGUAGGCCGAGAUGCAAGACGAACGGGAAUAUGGGAAAGAGACGAGGUUCCAGACUAUUCAGCAGGCGAUAGGACGUUAAAUAUUAAUUCGGAAUGUAUUUCAGAGACUUAAAACUGAGCUGGUCUCUGUUUUACAAUUACUGGGCUUGAUACUACCUGCUACAAUCGCAUGCAGAGUGUCUUAUGUGGAACCAUUGCAGAAGCCAAACAUAAACCGCAAAUCUGCCUUAGUCUCGCCAUAUAUUGAAUCAAUCUAGAGUGUAAGAUCUAUGAUCGAAGCCAUGGAAGCUUCUCCAUGUCGACAUUUCCUCCAGAAAAUACAAUACCCACGUUAUUUAAUCCAUCCAAUGACUUGAACUCCUCAUCAAACAGCGC